AUGUCCUCUUGGUCGGAUCUUCUGCCGGAAAUUCUAAAUAAGAUCGCCGGAAAGUUCGAAUUUUAUGAAGAUCUCAUCAGUUUUCUUUGUGUUUGUAGUUCAUGGAGAUCUUCUGCCUCCACAACUAAAAAGUUAAUACCGCAUCUUCCUUCUCGCUUUCCAUUGUUGAUGCUUGCAGAGUCCAAUACCCAAGAAGACGAUCAUCAAGAUUGCUAUAAGUUUUUUCUUCUUUCCAGCGGCACUAUGCGUAAGAUGCAACUACCUGAGGCUCGCUGGCAGCGAUGUAUAUCAACCCAUGGGUGGUUGCUGACCACCGGUGAAGAAGAGUUCUCCGCCAAGCUCCUCCAUCCACUUUCUCGUACUCAAAUCGAUCUCCCUGAGCUUUAUAUGUUCGAGGAACUCUACUUUGAUCAGGACGAGUGGAUUUACUAUGGGCAAAGCAUGAGGAAAGUAGUUUUUACGUCAUCGAACCCUUUGUUAUUGGAUCCUGACUUUCGUGUUAUUAUCAUCUGGGGCCAAACUAUAGGGUUUUGCAGGCUUGGUGACGUUUCAUGGACUCGUAUAGCAGGUUGCGAUGGACAUCUUCUCGACAUCACGUAUCAUAACUUGCGAAAACGGCAAUACACAGUGACAACCGUCGGAUCAAUCUAUGAAUGUGACAUUCUUAGCGGUGGACCAGGUCGUUUAACUUUGAAGCAAUUGUCAACAUUACCACAACCAGAAUUCGAUUUUUCGUACCACCAAUCAGCGUAUCUUCUCGAAUGGGGAUAUGACAGGUUGCUAAUGGUAACACGUGAACAUCAGUGGUACAAGAAACAUGUUUGGAUGAUGAAAAGUGGUCGAAACUCCUCAGUUUUGGGAGACAAAGCUGUGUUUUUGGGUUUCAAUUCAUCAUUCGCCAUUGAUGCAGCUGGUGGCAUAAAGCCCGAUUGUAUCUACUUCACUGACGAUCUUUAUGAGCCAUACCGUGAUCUGGCUGAUGGAGGUGGAGGGGAUGUUGGAGUUUAUCAUAUGUCUGAUGGUAGCAUCGGAGCCAUUAUGGAUGCACAACAACACUUGUUCCGUGGUCGUCCUCCUUUGUGGCUUCAAACAAGCACCAUCCCAUGCGAUUGA